CCACGAAAGCCAAACCGUGUUUUCACCCCAACUGUUUGCGCUUCAGUGGACGGUAAAAGUGACGGAGACAGCUAGGUUUGACAGACUUCAAAGAGACAAUAAACAUAACUGAGAAUAGCCAUGGCACUCACCGACGCUGACGUACAGAAACAGAUUAAGCACAUGAUGGCCUUCAUUGAGCAAGAGGCCAAUGAGAAAGUUGAGGAAAUUGAUGCAAAGGCGGAGGAAGAGUUCAACAUUGAGAAAGGUCGUCUGGUGCAGACUCAGCGGCUGAAAAUCAUGGAGUACUAUGAGAAGAAGGAAAAGCAAAUUGAGCAGCAUAAGAAGAUCCAGAGAUCCAACAUGAUGAACCAAGCCAGGCUGAAGGUGCUGAAGGCCCGAGACGACAUGAUCACGGAUCUGUUAAACGAGGCCCGUCGGAGACUUGCAGAGAUUGCUAAGGACCCUGCUAAGUACUCCAGUCUGUUGGAGGGCCUAGUGCUUCAGGGAUUCUACCGACUGCUGGAGCCUAAGGUUACCAUUCGCUGCCGACCGCAGGAUGUUGAACUUGUUCAGGCUGCAGUCAAUAAGAACAUCCCGAUAUACAAAGAGGCGGUGAAGAGUAAUAUAACAGUCAAAAUCGACAAGGAACGUUUUCUUCCAGCUCAGAUCUGUGGAGGAAUCGAGAUGUAUAAUGAGAAUGGGAAGAUCAAGGUUUCCAACACUUUGGAGAGCAGGCUAGAACUCAUUGCACAACAGAUGAUGCCUGAAGUCAGAAUGAAUCUGUUUGGUGCCAACCCCAAUCGCAAGUUCUUGGAUUAACUGUGGACAUGAAGAGGGCACAGGUGGAACGUUUAUGGUGAUGACAGAGUAUCACCAUAAAAUCCAACCACCUGCCAUUACUGAGAUCCAAAGGGAGUGUUUAUAUAGUUCUAAAUACUAAUGGACUAAAUAACAAUUCAGCAAGUGCUCUUACUUUGAAAUGUCCUCUAUUCAUCUUCUCUUAAAAGGACUCAUUAAUGUUCUAAUGACAUUACAGAUGUUUGUCUUCAGUCGUUUCAGUUUGAGUAAACUGAGCAAGCUGCAUAUUUAAACCAAAGGGGUGUGUGUGUGUGUGUGCGUGUGCGUGUGCGUGUGUGUACACAGAGUUGCUUAGCAUUGUUCUCAAGGUAAUAAUAUACCAAGGUAUCAAUUAAAGUGACAUGAGAAAUGAACAUGUAUGAGAUAUCUUUAUUUACAGCUUGUAAACAUACACUUUACUCAGGCUAUGCUCACUCUACAAUGAGGAAAAUGUAGGAACCUAUAUAGAGUAUCCACAUCAAAAUGUGUCUUGCAUUAAAAAUGUAAAAAACAAAACCUUUUAGUGGCAUCCAGUGGGAUUCAUUAAUGGCAAACUGUUGGCCAGACAAGUUGCCAUACUCCCUCCAUGGGUCUAACGAUUACAGCUGUCUUUUGCUAAAAUUGGACUCGAGUACCAAAACAAUAUUUCAACACAACCAGUUCCACUGAUUUAAGACUUACAGUUUUUAUUCUUUCGAAACUACCAGCA